AUGGCUCCCAACGACGGAACAUCGAAAGACGAAGUGCCGAAGUGAGCGCCGCCCUUCCCUCACGAAUCCAUAAUUCUCUUUGAGAUGGCUUACCGACAAAUUGGAAAACGAACUCGUCGUCAACAACCUCCGUUCGUACAUCCGCGUUCUGGAAAGUGUCACCGAGAAGGCAGCUCACGCGGGAACACUCAUUUCGGAGGUCGGAAGGGUUACGGACGGAAUCCGACAGAAAAUGAUGGAGGAUAUCAUCGAGAAUGCUCUUGAAGCACACGCGAAGAUGGUCAACAAAACUGUGAGAAUUGUGAAGAGAAGUGCGGAAACAAAGGAUUCUGAUGAUGGAACUGAUGAGAAACAAUCCAGUGCUUCAGAGGUGCCAUCGAAGAGAUCGACGGUUAUCGGUCGCACGGAAGUUCCAAUUGUUCAAAAAGUAGCCGUGUGUACUCCUAGAAAGUCUUGUAAAGUUCCAUCAAUGAUUGUCCCUUCUGCGCGCAUAGUCGGAAACAUGAGAGAGAACCAGUCGACCACCGCACCGGGAAAAAGUCAAAAAUUCGUACUGCUCGGGCACUUAUGCUUUGGUCACUUCAGUGAAAAGAAGGAGUUGGUAGCGAGGGCUCUGACUGCUAUCGGGUAUUGAUAUUGUUCAAUUUCAAUGACAACACCCUUUUACAGCAUUGCAACGAUUGGUCAUGAAGUGGAUCUUGCACAGUUCGGACCGUUUUCUAAUGGCUUCGAAGCUUUGACAGCUCUUAUUUUCGAGGUGGACGACCGAAAAACUGCGAUUAUCCUGAAUCUUAUUAGCGAUGGUAAUUGUUGUCUGAAAAAAUAUACCACCGAUUUCCGUCUCAAGGCAUGUCUCUCUUGUAAUUUCGGCGAAACCCUAUAAGAAACUCUUUCUUAUAGGAUUUGGUAAUCAUGAAGGCGAUCUCACGCUGGAGAGUUCUGAAAAUGGAGACCACCCGUCUCUGUACCGAGUUUCUCACCGAGAAAUAUUCCCCGAUCGAUGGAUACGUAGUCACACAUUGUGAAGAGGCAGCAGUUGUGAAGAAAUGCGGAAAGUUGGUCGAGAAAAUCACUGUGGAGGACCUCAUUGCGAACUAUCAAGAUGUAUUCGAAAAGACGAUCAGUUUGCUGGACCUGGAUGCGAAAAACGAGAUGAAGGACUACGCUGUCGAUUUUCUGAAAAGAUGGAAUACUUCGCGGAAAGCUUCCGCUGCUGAUAACGCCUCCGGCAAAACUAGAACGGAUCAAGAGUCCAUCAAACCAGGUCGUCAAAGAUUUUCUCUUGUCGGCUUUCCGGCUACAACUUUCACUAAAAAGCAGAAACUGGUUGCGAAGGCACUGACUUCUAUCGGGUACAGAUAUCGCUCAAUAUUGCCUAUUUUAAAUGUAUGACCUUUCAGAGUGUCUACUGAACCCUCGGAAGUGGCUCCAGCGGUCGGACAAGUCUGCUUCCAUGAUUAUUUCUCCGGCGAGAUGUUUUUUUCUUUCACAUUUGCGGUGGGCGAUGGAAAGACUUCUUCGAUUCUGAAUCUGCUUUCCGAUAAUGAUGUCUGUUGUGUGGGACAGUACACGGAUGAUUCAGCGAUGAAGGCAGGUUUUUCUUCUCUGUUUUUGCGAAUAUAAUUGCUUGUUGUAGAGAGUGAAAAUCAUGAAGGAGAUCAGCGACUGGGACAUUCUCAAAAUGGAAACCGUCCGUUUUUCUGUCGUAUUUCUGAAUAAGACCUACUCUCCGAUCAAUGGAUAUGCCUUCGAGAUGUGCAACAACUCUGUGGAUGUGAAGAAAUCUGGAAAUACUGUCGAGAAGAUCACCGUGGAAGACCUCAUUGUCAAAUAUCCAGAUGCUUUCGAAAAGACUAUCAGAGAGCUGCUGGACAAGGAAGGCAAAAUCGAAAUGGAAAAGUACGCUGCCGAAAUUUUGAAGGCCCACAAAUAA